CCAGCUUACUAUCAAUUCAGUAGAGUAAGGCAGACAUGCAUCACAGACAGAGAGACAUUGCAUCAGGCUGUGCCCAAGGAACACAACAAAUACUGUGAGUACUCAGAGCCUAUUCAUCCUUUGGGGUCAAGGCUUCUACAGAGAUGGCCUCUUUCCUUCUGAGGCAGAGGUCUACCCAAUCAGAUUUAGAACCUCCCGAAUCACUGGGUGAAGUACUCUGGGAGGAGGAGGUGGAGAGAAUAUGCAGCACCAAGGUAGCACUACAGGCACUGCCCUAUGCCAUGAUGGACAAACGGCUCAUCAGGCACCUCCGGGAGCCAGAUGGGGUAAAGACCUCUUUCUGGGAACAGUGGAAGAAGAAAUGGCAACGUGUCCAUCAGCAGUUCCUGGAUGUGAGCCACAGGCUUAUGGGGAUCUUUGGGCUCUGGAAGACUGACCUCUAUGAGAUUGGCGGGCUCUUUGGCACAGGGAUCCAGUCCUAUUUCACUUUCCUUCGUUUCCUGAUGGUCCUCAACCUGCUCACCUUUCUGCUGACCUCCAGUUUGGUGCUGCUGCCUCUGGCCUGGCUCCAUUCACCUGAACCAGGCCCUGCCCUCAACACCUCAUACCAUUGCCCUACCAGCCGUGAGCCCCAGCCCGAUCUGAGCCGAAUCCACUUGCACUUGUGGGAUGUCUUCACUGGCAGGGCUCUCAGCAACACCUACCUUUUUUAUGGUUCAUAUCGAAUGGGGCCAGAGAGUGAUUCGCAGUACAGUGUUCGCCUGGCCUACCUCCUCAGUCCACUAACCUGCCUGCUUCUCUGCUUCUGUGGGACUGUACGACGCAUGGUGAAGGGGCUGCUCCAUAAGCGACUGCUGAGCAGGGAUUACAGGCCCCGACUCAGCAGCAAGGUGUUUGUCUCCUGGGAUUUCUGCAUCCGAAGCCGGGAAGCUGCCACCAUCAAGCAACACAGCAUCAGCAAUGAAUUCAAGAUCGAGCUCCAAGAGGAGCAGCGCACCCUGCAGAUGCAGCAGCAAACGAGAAAGCAAAGGGCCCGACAGCUUCUUUCUUAUGUGGGACUCAACAUGAUCAUAGGACUCUUGGUGGUUGGGGGUAUCAGUGCCAUCUACUGGGCCACCAAGUUUUCUCAGAACUAUAAAGAUGAGUCUCUCUCUUUGCUGCUUCAGUACAUGUCACCUGGAGUCAUUUCUCUUGUCAACAAUCUGGGGCCCCUGUUGUUUGGAUUCCUGGUCCAACUGGAGAAUUAUCCCCCCAACACCGAGAUCAAUCUCACCCUUUUUUGGUGCGUGGUUCUGAAGCUGUCUAGCUUGGGCAUGUUCCUUUUUUCACUGAGACAGCAAGCAGUGCUAUGUUCUGGCAGAAGUGACCAUUCCAGCUGUGAGCCCCAUGGUUAUAAUCAAUGUGACCAGUGCUGGGAGAAUUCAGUGGGUCAGGAGUUAUACAAGUUGAGCAUAUUUGACUUCUUCCUCAUGCUGGCCUUUGCCUUCCUGAUCACCCUGCCAAGGAGGCUGCUGGUAGAUCAUCUCUCAGGCCAGUUCUGGGUCUGGCUGGGCAGAGAAGAAUUUCUGGUACCCAAGAAUGUGCUGGACAUUGUAGCUGGACAGACGAUCACCUGGAUGGGACUUUUCUACUGCCCCCUACUGCCUCUGCUCACCAGCAUCUUCAUCUUCUUCACCUUUUAUGUCAAGAAGUACACUCUCCUCAGGAACUGCAGGCCCUCCCCUCGCCUCUUCCAAGCCUCCAGUGCCACCUUCUUCUUCCAGCUGGUCCUCCUGCUGGGCCUCCUCGUGGCCUCUGUGCCUCUGCUCUAUGUCAUCAGCAGCAUCCCCUCCUCUGUAAACUGCGGCCUUUUCUCCAACUACUCAGCACCCUGGCAAGUGGUUCCAGAGGCCAUGGCCUUGCGACUCUCACCAUCAGCCCAGAAAGUCUUUUACUACUUUGGUUCCAAUACCUUCUGGUACCCCAUCCUCAUCUUACUUAGCCUUACACUGACUGUGUGCCUCUCCCAAUCCGGGGCCAACAAAAGGGCCAUCAAGGGUCUCAGGAGACAGCUGCUAUGGCAAGUACGGGAAAAAUGGCACCUGGUGGAGGAUCUGUCACGACUGCUGCAAGAGUCAGGAGGGUCUGAUUCUUGGGGGCCUGAAUCUCCUAGUUCCCGAUCUUCCCGUCCUAGAUCCUUCUGCCCUGGAUUCCCUUGUCCUGGAUCUCCCAGGUCCAGAUCAUUCAUGGACCCUGGAAAAUAAAGAUUUGGGGAGAAAGAGACCGACAAAGUGGUUUCUGAUGAUUAUCUAUCCCUUCAUAAGGAAGCUUAUGGCAUGCUCACUCCAUUUGGAGAAGAAGCCACUUGAUGGGAUGGAGUAAUAUGAGAUCUAUUCACUGCUAUGCAGAACUAGCUAUCUCUUCUUCCAUUACCUUUGAAAAGAGGACUUGCUGAUAACAAUGCAAGCAACAGGGCAUGGGACUUGAACAGCAGGCUGUUCAAGACUGAGACUGCUGGAGACUUGUGCUGCGGAAGCAGUAGAGCCUGGAGCAGAGAUGGAGAUUAGAAUAUAAAAAGAAAAGAUCCUGAGUCCCAAGACUGGCUGUUGUGAUUUCGAACUGGGCUGGUGAGCUAGCUGGACAGGGCAGGUCGAUUUCCUUUCACUGUUAUUCCCUGUUUUCUAUUAUCCAUAAUCCACAGAUAGAAUCACACACACACACACACACACACACACACACACACACACACCCCUUGCCUCCUUCCCAUUUUCCUUUCUAUCGUCUAUGUCUAUGAAUAAUUAAGGACUUUUGCCUGCCACCUCCAAAGAACUAGGAGGGCAAGUGGGGAAAGGUUGGUGAGAUAGCUUCAUGUGGAACAUGUGAACCUUUUACUUUGUCUUUUGUUGUUGUUGUAUUCAAUAAACUCUGUGAUCAUGUCGUGUUAA